ACAUUAUCCACCUACUGAAUUCAGACAAAUGUCUCUCUAUUACAGACCCUUCAUCUUCUUCCUCUUCACAUUACUAAUCCUCAAACUCUCCAACUCACUAAACCCUCAAUAUCCAUGUCAACCGCCACACAAUUCCUACACCUUUUGCGACCAAUCUUUACCAAUACCCACACGAGCAAACUCACUAAUUACCCAUUUAACCCUUGAAGAAAAAAUCAAACAGUUAUCCGACAAUGCAUCAGCAAUUCCAAGGCUGGGAAUUCCGUCGUACGAGUGGUGGUCGGAGUCGCUUCACGGCAUCGCCAUUAACGGGCCUGGUGUUUCCUUCAAAAGCGGCGGACCCAUAUCCGCCGCUACGGAAUUUCCUCAAGUUAUUGUUAGUACUGCUUCGUUUAAUAGGACGCUCUGGUUCUUGAUUGGGUCAGCUAUUGGGGUUGAGGCUAGGGCAAUGUAUAAUGUCGGUCAAGCUGGGUUGACUUUUUGGGCGCCUAAUGUGAAUAUUUUUAGGGAUCCAAGAUGGGGUAGAGGUCAAGAAACUCCGGGUGAAGAUCCUAUGGUUGUGUCUGCUUAUGCUGUUGAGUAUGUUCAGGGGUUUCAGAGGCUUAUGUUGUCUGCUUGUUGUAAGCAUUUUACUGCUUAUGAUCUUGAAAAGUGGGGGAAUUUCAGUAGAUACUCAUUCAAUGCCCUGGUUACAGAACAAGAUUUAGAGGAUACAUAUCAACCUCCAUUUCGUAGUUGCAUACAGCAAGGUAAAGCAAGCUGCUUAAUGUGUUCAUACAAUGCAGUUAAUGGGGUGCCUGCUUGUGCAAGAAAGGAUCUCUUGCAAAAAGCUCGAAUAGACUGGGGGUUUGAAGGAUACAUUGUCUCAGAUUGUGAUGCUGUGGCGACAAUAUUUGAGUAUCAGAACUACACGAAAAGCCCUGAGGAUGCAGUGGCUAUAUCUCUUAAAGCAGGUACGGACAUAAAUUGUGGCUCAUAUGUAACUCGCACAGCUCAAUCUGCAGUAAAUCAAGGUAAGUUGCUAGAAGAGGAUAUAGAUAGAGCUCUUCUCAACCUUUUCUCGGUUCAACUUCGACUCGGGCUGUUCGAUGGAGACCCCAAAAAUGGGCAAUUUGGAAAGCUGGGACCUGAAGAUGUUUGUACUGAAGAGCAUAAGACAUUAGCACUUGAAGCAGCAAGGCAGGGGAUUGUGCUGCUGAAAAAUGAUAAUAAGUUUCUGCCUUUGAAUAAGAAAGUUGUUUCUUCAUUGGCUAUUAUCGGUCCAUUGGCCAACAAUUCAGACAGUUUGGGUGGUGAUUACACAGGAUAUUCGUGCGAUCCACAGAGCCUUUUCGAUGGAGUUAAAGCCUACAUCGAGAAGACAGCUUAUGCAGUUGGUUGCGCUGAUGUAUCUUGUAAUUCUGAUGCUCAGUUUGAUGAAGCAAUAAAGAUUGCAAAAACUGCUGAUUUUGUGAUUGUAGUUGUUGGGAUUGAUUUGUCACAAGAAACUGAAGAUCGUGACCGAAUCAGUCUUCUGUUACCUGGUAAACAAAUGGCCUUAGUAUCUUCUGUUACAGCAGUUAGUAAAAAGCCAGUGAUUUUAGUUCUUACUGGUGGAGGACCAGUUGAUGUAUCUUUUGCCAAAGAAGACCCGAAAAUAUCUAGCAUUCUUUGGAUCGGAUACCCUGGAGAAGCCGGUCCGAAAGCACUUGCAGAAGUCAUCUUUGGAGAAUAUAAUCCAGGUGGUAGACUUCCAAUGACUUGGUAUCCGGAAUCGUUCACUAAUGUACCGAUGAAUGAUAUGAACAUGCGAGCUGAUCCUAUUCGUGGUUAUCCCGGAAGAACUUACCGUUUUUACACUGGAAAACGAGUUUAUGGAUUCGGUGAAGGAUUGAGCUACAGCAAUUACGCUUACAAGUUCUUGUCAGCACCAAGCAAGUUGAGUCUUUUAGGAUCUUUGACAGCUACUUCCAGAAAGAGAGUACUACACCAGAGUGGAGACACCCCGAGAUUUAUACUCACCGACGAGAUGAAUUCUUGCGAUUCUUUGAGAUUCGAUGUGCGAAUCUCUGUCAUGAAUUCUGGAGAUAUGGACGGUAGCCAUGUCGUGAUGCUGUUCUCUAGAGUGCCACGAGUUGUCGAUGGAACUCCGGAAAAACAGCUUGUCGGAUUUGAUCGUGUGCAUACUUUUUCUAACGGAAUCACCGAAACGACCGUCUCGGUAGAUCCUUGCAAACAUCUUGCCACUGCAAAUAAGCAAGGAAAAAUGAUAUUGCCAUUGGGUGAUCAUGUUCUUUUCUUAGGAGAUUUAGAACAUUUUGUAACUAUUGAAGCUUUUUAAUGUCAUUCAUGCAUGAUUCAUUAUGGUAAA